AUACAACUCUGCAUUCAUAUGUUUUGCUUUUCUCACAUAUAUUUAGAAACUUCAAUUGCAGUAGAAACAAAUCAAAAAUAAGUUCAUCAAAAUUUUUACAAGUAAAGAACAAAGACAAAGAAAGAGGAACUUAGUUUUUCAGUUGAUUUUGGAAAAACAAAUAAUUAAACAAAAUGUCUGUACGCCAUGAUUGGUACCAAUCAGAAACCGCCGUAGUCGUCACCAUAAUGCUCAAAAACGCAGUUGAGAAGAAAUACAAAGUUAAUAUCACUCCAGAGCGGCUUGAGGUGUCUGCAGAGGACUACGAGUUCAACGUAAAUUUAUUUCGUCCUAUUAAUGUUGAGCGCUCUUCGCACAAAGCUUACUCCACUAAAAUUGAAAUAAAUCUUGCCAAAGAAGUAGGAGAACGCUGGAAUAGUUUAGAGUUUCAAGAGUCAAAUGCUACCGCUGCCGUUGGACUGCCCACAAUACAUAAAAAGAAUUGGGAUGGUAUAGCAAAAGAAGUUGAAAAAUCUGAAGAAGCUGAAGCUCAAAACGAGGACGCUUUACAACGUCUGUUUAAGAAAAUAUAUAGUUCAUCCUCGCCAGAGGUACAAAAGGCUAUGAAUAAGUCAUUUUCUGAAUCAGGUGGUACUGUAUUGAGCACUAAUUGGAAUGAAGUAUCCAAGGAUAAAGUUAAAAUUCAACCGCCAGAGGGAACGGAAUUUAGAAAAUAUGAAUAAGACUUACCAAUUGCCUGCUAUAUUAUAAUAACCCCAAUGUACACGUAGAUAUACUCAAUGUGAGCCCCCAAUGCUUUAAUUAUUUAUUUUGUUAUUUCACUUAUGUUAAAGGUAAUUCAACUAAUUUGCUAUUUAUAAAUUAACAUGUUAAAACAAUUUAAAUAAAUUUUUCACCAGAUAUUUCUAAAAUUGA